AUGGGAUCCGGAGCAUGCAAGGGUGUUUGCGUCGCGGUCCAGGAUGCUUCGGAUGACGACUUGAUGCAGUUCUUCUCAGCCUGGCCAUCAGAGCAGCGCAAGCGUGUCAGCGGCCUCCUGAGCACCUGCAGCAAGAAAGGCACUGGCGACAUCGAUGCAGCGAUCGCAGAGGCUGAAGACCAGGUCGCCGCUGAAGGAAAGAAGACUGAAGCUACGACUUCAGCUGACCAGAAGCCUGCCGAAGCUACCAAGACCCUGGACGAGAAGCAGGUAAAGCAGGUACACUCCGCCAUUCGCUGGGGCAAGCCUGUAGAGGAAAUCCAGAAGAUUGUGAACGAUCUCGGCAUUGACGCUACCAUGACAGAUGCUGCAGCAGCCGUCGAUGCUCAGAAUGGCAAUCUUGCCUUGCACAUCGCUGCGCAGAAUGGCCACAUGGGGCUGACAAGCUUCCUGCUCGACAGCCGUGCCAAUGUCAACGCGCAGAAUUUCAACGGCCAAACGGCUUUGCACAUGAGCGUCGAAUAUGAUAUGUACUUCCAGACCAAGCUCCUCCUCGAUGCAAAAGCAGACCCCAACCUCGAAAACAGUGGUGGCCACAAAGCGCUUACAGGCCUGGAGGGUGCCAAGACUGGCCAAGAUGCGUGGGACAACCCGAUGAACAUCCUCAAAGCGGCCGGCGACACAGAGGAGGAUCUCAAGCUUGCCUUCGAAGCUUUGGCUGCUGCGGAUGCCAAGGACUUGGACCGGGUUGUGCUGGCUCAGACAGGCAUGCGCAAGCGAAAGCAGUGCCCCCAGCACUGGAACGCUGACCGCUUCAAGGAGAUCAUGCAGAAGUUUUGA